AUGGCGGCAGGAAUUCCAAGUCUCUCGGUUAAGACGGUGCAGAAAAUUGAGGAAGAGGACCAGCACCCUCAUCGUUCACUAGGUCACGUACGCUUGCGCCACCACGAGACCAACGAGGUUAUUCUGGUCCCUACUCCCUCGGACGACCCAAACGAUCCGCUGCGAUGGUCUACCUCGUACAAGAUUUACAUCGCCAUCCUCGUCUCUCUCGCCAUGGUGAUGUGUAACUUCAUGUCAGCCGGCCCGACCGUCGCCAUGGUGGACGUCGCUGCCGACUUCAACGCCAGCGUGUCUCGCGCAGCCUACUUCUUCAACAACAGCGCUCUGCUGCAAGGAGUCUCCAACUUGAUCUGGGUCCCGCUCUUGAAUAAGUAUGGGCGCCGGCCCAUCUAUCUUUCGGCUUACCUGCUCUAUUUCUUCAUGAUCCUGGGAGCCGGGUUGGCGAAGACCUAUGCCGGCGAACUCACCACCCGCACGCUAUUGGGAGUGGGUGCCGGCGCUGGUGAGUGUCUGGCACCGGUCACCAUCGCGGAUGUCUUCUAUCUUCACCAGCGUGGAUAUGGCAUGGCAAUCUAUAAUUCGGCAUUGAGUGCCGGCGUCUCCUUUGGGAUUAUUAUAUCCGGCCUGGUCACAAUCAACCACUCCUGGCGCGCCAUCUACUGGGUCGGCUGUGGGCUAGUGGGUGGCCUUCUCCUCAUCGUCGUAUUCUUCUUCCCCGAGACUGCCUUCGUAAGAUCUACAAACCCGGACGAUCUCCUGGGGGCCCAGAAGUAUGCCGAGCAUGUCGAGUCCCGGGGAUCCGAGGUCCUCCAGCAGAAGCAGGGCUACCUGCAGAGUCUGCGUUUCUGGUCGGGACAGACAUACACGGAUGAAUCGCUCUGGCGCAUGUUCGUUCGUCCUUUCGGGCUCAUUCUGCUUCCCCCCAUCUUCUGGGCCACCAUCGUCAUGUCCGUGACCAUCGGCUUCCUAGUGGCGGUCACCUCGAACUUUGCGAGUGCGUUCAGCGAGGUGUAUGGAUUUGCCGCCUGGCAGAGUGGCUUGUGUUUCAUCGCCGGCAUGCUGGGUUGCGUCCUGGGUACUUUUGCCGGGGGGCCAUUUUCAGACUGGGUGGCCGAUGUUCUCACCAAGCGCAACGGAGGCAUUCGGGAGCCGGAGAUGCGCCUGCCCGCCAUUAUUCCCAGUGUCAUUGCGGCCCCGUUGGCUCUGCUGCUGUAUGGGUUUGGUAUCGGACGCGGCUGGCAUUGGAUUGUGCCCACGAUCGGGCUGGGACUGUUGUCCUUUGCCAUCAGCCAGGGAACCAACGUCUCCUUCGUUUAUUGCGUCGACUCUUAUCGUCCGGUGGCCGGUGAGGUUGCCGUCACCCAGCUGGCGUUCAAAUCGUGCUUUGGGUUUCUUCUAUCCUUCUACACCAACCCGUGGAUCGCUGAAUCGGGGUAUGAGGCCGCCUUUGGCGCCAUGGCCGGCAUCUCGGGCGGUUGCCUGCUGUUUUUCUUCCCUUUAUAUUUGUGGGGAAGAUCCAUCCGGACGGCAUCGAUGAAGUGGCCAUUUGUUCAGUUUGUCUUCUGGAAGGAUGAUCGGGAAGUUGGAGAGUAA